AAUGAAGUUCAAAGUAGAAGUGGUGAUAUAGUGCUUCCUUUCACAAGUUGAAUACAACCAACCUACUUAACCAUAGUGAACUUGUAGAUGGAAUCUUGAAACUGUCACUGCCGGCCGGCUGUUUUCGUUACAUCCCAACAAUCCCCUACACAUUCGGCCUUUAACUGCACUACCUCUGCCAUGGCUACUCGCCUAGCAGCUAUCAUACGCAACUCUUUAAACGAUGACGAUUUCCUCCUCCUUAAGCAAACGCCCCCGCCUAAGUUCGGUGACGACGAGUAUGAUUCCUACGUGGAUUCCGAUAUCUGGGAUUUGCCUUCUACACAAUUGUCCCUGCUAGAAGGGCGAUCCACAUCUACAAUCUCGAUUCAAGGCCAGGAGUUGUGUUCCGACAAGCUUAAUUUGAACAUAUUUGACUUCAAUCUGUCUCUCAACCAGGUUUUGACUCAAACAGGAUUGUUGACCUUAACAGGAGUUGAGUGGAAAUUCUAUAUGUUGGUAGAGGAACCUGAAUUCGGGCCAGGAUUACCCUUGCAAACAGUUUUUAUUACCGGAAGAUUGGCUCCUGGAAAUGAAGAUUUUGAAGGAUUAUGCAAAUGGGUGUCAAUCCAGAGUUGUCUGAGCUCUCUUCUUCAAGUAGAACCAGGCAGUGAGCGUGUUGGACCUUUGGUUGUCACUGGUCUUCUGAAUCACACAAUCAAAUCUGGAAUGUGGAAAGUGCCUAACACCUUAAAUUUUCAGGAAUAUCCACCUGGUGUGAAAGUCAUACCUAUGAAAAGCAGAACAGGAAAACCAUUCCAUACUACUAAUUUAGUUGUAUUUGCUCCAGAUCGUGUUCCUCAUAUGUCUGGAGAUAAUGGUUUUGUUGCUUCAGGAGAUGCAUUAAUAGUCGAUCCAGGUUGCCUAACUCAAUUCCAUGAACAGCUUCAGGAGAUAAUAGUUUCUUUGCCUAGAAAGCUACUUGUCUUCAUCACUCAUCACCACAACGAUCAUGUGGAUGGCCUUUCAGUGAUCCAAAAGAACAAUCCUGAUGCCAUACUUUUAGCCCAUGAAAAUACCAUGCAGCGCAUUAAAAAAGAUAGUUGGUCCAAUGGAUACACGAAGGUUACUGGUGAUGAUGAAAUAUGUGUUGGUGAUCAGCGAUUGAAAGCUAUUUUUGCUCCGGGUCACACAGAUGGGCAUAUGGCGCUACUGCACAAGAGCACUCAUUCACUAAUUGUAGGUGAUCAUUGUGUAGGUCAGGGGAGUGCAGUGCUGGAUGUUACUUCUGGUGGAAAUAUGUCUGAAUACUUCGAAACAACUUACAAAUUUAUGCAGAUUUCUCCACAUGUUUUAAUUCCCAUGCAUGGGAGGCUUAACCUAUGGCCAAAGCAGAUGCUUUGUUCAUAUCUCAAAAAUAGGAGAGGUAGAGAAACUACAAUCUUGGAAGCAAUUGAAGACGGAGCUAGAACAUUGUUUGACAUUGUUGCAUAUACAUAUGCUGAGGUUGAUCGUAGUGUAUGGAUUUUUGCUGCAUCAAAUGUGAGACUUCAUGUGGAUUACCUCGCUCAACAAAAUAGGUUACCAACGGAUUUUUCAGUUGACAAGUUCAAGAGAAGCUGUGGAGUUUGUUUCUUUUUACGGUGGAUAUGGGGCUACAUAAGUAGUAAUAUGUUUCAUUUCAAAUACUCAAAACUGACUAUCACUGGCUUGCUACUGUGUUGUUCUCUGUCUGUGCUAAUCUUUUCCUUGACUCUGAGUAAGAGUGACAACUGAAAUAGAAGAGAAGUAUGAAAAGGGAGGGAGAGAGGGAGGGAGGAGAAAGAUAAUAUGCUAAGGGUGUUUUUUUUUUAAACUUUUUUAUUUAUUUUACUUUUGUAGUAGUUAUCGUUAAUGAACUAUAUAACACAUUUUGGACA